AUGCGUAGCUCGAGCUUCCCCAAAGGCAUGUUGGCUAUAGCAGAUUUGGGUUGCGCUUCAGGACCCAACACUCUUCUCCUCAUGUCGGAGGUAAUCAAGUUCGUCCACAACCUUUCCAAGGAGUUAGGGCAGGAAUCCCCCGAGCUUCAGAUCUUCCUGAACGACCUCCCUGGAAACGACUUCAACCAUGUCUUCACAUCUAUUCAAGGAUUCAAGGAAAAUAUGAAGAAAGAAAUGGGAGCCCAAGCUUUCAUCGUCGGAGUUCCAGGUUCUUUCUACGACAGGCUAUUUCCGACUGAUAGCAUUCACUUCAUCCACUCUUCCUACAGUCUUCACUGGCGCUCUCAGGUUCCUGAAGGUCUUGAGGAGAACAAGGGAAAUAUUUACCUGGCCAGUAGCAGUCCUCCAUGUGUGUUGGAAGCCUAUUACAAACAAUUCCAGACGAACUUUUCAUCCUUCUUGAAGUUUAGGGCUCAGGAAUUGGUUACUGGAGGUCGAAUGGUAUUGACACUCCCUGGAAGGAGAGGUGAAGAAUCUUCUGAGAGAGAGUGUUGCUACAUUUGGGGACUUAUGUCGAUAGCUCUCAACCAAAUGGCUUCUGAGGGAUUGAUUGAUCAACAAAAACUGGAUUCCUUCAACCUUCCAAUGUACAUGCCAUCCGCCAUGGAAGAGGAAGCCGAGGUCCAGAAACAGGGCUCCUUCGCCAUUGAACGCCUAGAGGUAUGGGAUAUGAAUUGGGAUGCCGGCUACGAGGGGGAAGUGACGAGCUUGCCCGCCGGAGACGGUGGCUACAACCUUUCAAAGUGCAUGGAGGCGGUGUUUGAUCCGGUCAUCGCCCAUCACUUUCAUCUGUCGAGGGAAAUCACCGACGAGGUUUUCAAGAGGUACGGUCUCCUUCUCUCCGAUUGGAUGGCCAAGGAGAGUCCUGCUUUCGUGAGUCUGACCGUCUCGCUCACUAAGCGACAUUGA